AUGCUUAACCGACCAGCAGGUACCUUGCUUCACGAACCUUCGUACCCGAAGGAAAUUACGCAUGAAUUGACACCAAAUGGACCUUUACAAAGUGGCAAACAAAUUUUCGAACCUGAUGCUGCUGUUCUUGACCCUCAGUUAAGUGAAGCCGUUUCGCUUGGAACGACCAUCAUGGCAGUUUCAUUUAAAGACGGGGUUGUACUUGCAGCAGAUUCUCGAACUUCUACAGGGACAUAUGUGGUGAAUCGUGCAAGCAACAAAUUGACCAAGUUGACACAAAAGAUAUAUUGUUGUCGAAGUGGAUCUGCUGCUGAUACUCAAGCCUUGGCUGAGCAAACGGCGAAUUAUCUAGAGAGUUAUGAAACAGAUACGUCAAAGCCAGUAAAUGUGGUAACUGCUGCUAACAUCUUUAAAAAGUUAUGCUACAUGAAUAAAUGGAAUAUAUCUGCAGGUAUUAUUGUGGCAGGAUAUGAUUCUUUAAAUGGUGGUUCUGUUUAUAGCAUCCCUUCUGGUGGCUCGUGUGUAAAGCUGGAUUAUGCCUUGGGAGGAAGUGGAUCUAUCUUUUUAUACUCAUUUUUUGACAAAAACUACAAGCCCGGUAUGACGAAAGAUGAAUGUGUUAAGUUUUGUCAACAAGCCGUUGCACAUGCAUACAGUCGUGAUGGUUCCAGUGGUGGACUGAUCAGGACAAUUGCUCUUCACAAAGGUGAACCGGAAGAUAUGACAAUCCCAUGGAAUAAAACACCUUAUUGUAUGGAAAAAGAUCCCAAGUACCACAAUUUGGCAGUACAAAAUCCUCCAUUCAGCAGUUCUGCAAAAAUAAGUGAGAACCAAACCCGUUCUGAACGUAUAUAG